AAAUUUUAUAUAGGAAUGGCGUCGUGUUUUGUUUAGGUGCAGAUCGCAGAAUUACACACUGGUGACUGGUAUCAUAGUAUAUAUGUACAUUCUCUAGUUUUCGUCGUCGUCGUCGUCGUCGUGUAAUCGGCAAUCUCGUUCGUCUUCGUGUUUAAGGAAUUAUAUUCAUAUAAACUUGCAAAAUGGCCAAGUCAAAGAAUCAUACCAAUCACAAUCAAAAUCGCAAGGACCAUCGUAAUGGUAUCUACAGGCCAAAGAAAUACAGACAUGAAUCACGUCGUGGUGUUUGUCAAAAGUUUUUAAGGAACCAGAAACAUGCUUUAAAAGGAAAUUUGUCUACCGCAGAUCAAGUGGCCAGAGCUAACGAAAGAAGUGAAAAGAGGUUAGCUUUGAGGACCAAAUUUGCUGAAUUCAGAAAGAAGAAAGCUGCAACAAAAAAACCAUAAUUCUGACUGUUAAAAAAAUUGUUUGACAUCAAUAUAUUUCCUUAUCGUUUAAUUUAAACGAUCAUUAAUACAA